CCAGCAUGCUGCCUCCUCUGUGACGUCACUGGGCACUGUGACACCUCAUGAGAAGCUGCCAACCCACCGGUCCUGCGCCCCGCACCUCAGUCACAUCACGCACGGGUCCCAGGGAGCUAGGCCAUGAAACCUUAAGAGGCCAUGUCGAGACGCGACGUUGUCCUCACCAAUGUCACUGUUGUCCAGCUGCUGCGACAGCCAUGCCCAGUGGUCAGAGCACCACCCCCUCCAGCACCACCGCCGCCGGCACCUGAGCCUACACCACAGCCAGUCAAGGAGGAAGUCAAGCCACACGAGUCACCUCCUCCAACACCCAAGAAAGCACCUAUGAGUCAAGAGCUGACUGUGGGCAUCAAUGGAUUUGGACGUAUUGGUCGUCUGGUGUUGCGAGCCUGCAUGGAGAAGGGCGUUAAAGUGGUGGCUGUGAAUGACCCAUUCAUUGACCCACAAUACAUGGUGUAUAUGUUCAAGUAUGAUUCCACGCAUGGCAGAUACAAAGGGAAUGUAGAGCACAAGAAUGGACAGCUGAUUGUGAACAACCAAGAAAUCAAAGUCUACCAGUGCAAGGAAGCCAAAGAAAUACCAUGGAGUGAAGUUGGGAACCCCUAUGUAGUAGAGGCCACAGGCGUGUACCUGUCCCUAGACGCAACUUCGGCACACAUCUCAGGAGGUGCCCGCCGUGUGGUCAUCUGUGCACCCUCACCAGAUGCACCAAUGUUUGUCAUGGGAGUGAAUGAGAAGAGUUAUAACCCUGGAUCCAUGAAAAUUGUCAGCAAUGCAUCCUGUACCACCAACUGCCUGGCUCCACUUGCCAAGGUCAUCCAUGAGCAAUUUGGGAUAGUACAAGGGUUGAUGACCACAGUCCAUUCCUACACGGCCACCCAGAAGACAGUGGAUGGGCCAUCAAAGAAGGCCUGGCGAGAUGGGCGGGGUGCCCACCAGAACAUCAUCCCAGCCUCCACCGGGGCAGCUAAAGCUGUGGGUGAAGUCAUCCCAGAUCUCAAAGGGAAGCUAACAGGAAUGGCGUUCCGAGUACCAACCCCAGACGUGUCUGUUGUGGAUCUCACCUGCUGCCUGGCCCAGUCUGCCUCCUACUCAGCUAUCAAGGAGGCUAUACAAGCAGCAGCCAACGGACCCAUGGCUGGCAUCCUUGCCUACACUGAGGAUGAGGUGGUUUCCACGGACUUUGUUGGUGAUACCCACUCGUCCAUCUUCGAUGCUAAGGCUGGCAUCGCACUCAAUGACAAGUUCGUGAAACUCAUUUCCUGGUACGACAACGAAUAUGGCUACAGUCAUCGGGUGGUCGACCUCCUCCGCUACAUGUUCAGUCAAGAGAAUUAGAUCUGAAAGCCCCUUCUUUGCAUGCUCGCACUUGGCUCCCCGGGCGAAAUAAAAACCCACGUGUUCACAA